CUUCUCUGACUAGGCGCGCUUCACAAUUAUGACUACUUGGGGUUACAGCAAGGAUAACGGUAAGCGAUGUCUUAUCAGUUUAGUCAGUGAUAGUUUAUGUUUGCGUUCUGAAAGGAAAAACAAUGAAGUAAACGCAUAAUUGUUCCAAAACCUUUUGAAAUAUGUACAGUUUAAGCAUCCUGUCUGGAAUCGAAACCGACGAAUAUUUUGAAAUAUUAUUUUUCUCUAGGUCCGGACACCUGGCAUAAAAGCUGUCCCGUCGCUACUGGCGAACGGCAGUCGCCCAUCGAUUUGAAGGAUGACACUGUGAAGGGUGGCAAAUUUCCACCAUUUUCAGUUUCCUAUCCUACACUGUGCAGCCCUAAGUUUUUUAACAACGGUCAUUCGGUGCAGUAUCAGGCGGACGACAGCGGCAAUUCUACAGGUGCGUAAAAUGAUGUUUUGCUUCUAAACUGACUUUGCUUUCGUCCAAUCCAAAAGUUUACUGAACACGCUGUUUAUAAGAAGGAAAAGUGAUGGUUUUGAACUUUAUAUACCUUGAGAAAUUUUAGUCGGAAUCAGUCAAUCCCUUAUAUGGCAAGCCUGGGAGUUUAUGGAGGCGUAUCAAGGGGCGGCGGCCGAGUACAAAGAUUCACUCGGCGGACUGCGAGUGGCACGGAAUCGUUCGGUUCAUUCUCAUGUCCACAGAACUGAUUGCACUUUCCACUGAUGUAAGCCAGUCACGCUAGAUGAAGUACAGCGAGGUAGUGGAGUAACAAAAAGUUGGCAAAAUUAAGAUGUUACGUAACAAAAACGUGUCUAAUUAAAUUUCUUGAUGUCAAUUUUAUGUCCACAGCUGAACUGCUGCCAAAGAUUUCAGUGAUGAGAGCUUUUUUUAGAAUAAAAAGAGACAGCUAGAGUCUGUCAGCAAAUCUUCUAUAUCGUUCCUCUGUGGAUCGUAGCACCACGUUAUAAUUAACUAUCAAAAUAUUGAUCAAACCUACGCUGUCAAUCAACAGCGGGGCGUACUGAGAGUAGAUAAAUUAUACCAGUAAAAGAAAAAGAAAGAUAAAAGGUUACUCGCCCGUGUAAACAAAUACGUUUGACUAAUUCUCGAGCAAAAAAGAAUUAUCGUAACUUGUAUUUGCUGAAGUGUUGCCUCUUAUUAUAUUUAUCUGGGAAAAUAUUAAAAUUUUCGUGACGUGAAAGUCAACAUUCAUUUUUACUUAGAUACAAUAUUCGACUCCGAAUGUUUUUAAAAACUCAGUUUUUGGACCCUUACAUGAAAAUAAAAAUUCCUACGUGACUGGUGUUACAAAAGCGCGUCGGUAAACGCUUCACUAGACUAGAGACAAGGGCAAAGUUGUUCAAAGAAGGGUUAAGAGCAGACUGUUUGAUUUCAAAUUUUAAUGCUCACAAGGCAAUUCUCUUUGCUUACAAUUUGAGGUUUUGACUUUGAAUUGAAGGAACAGGAACCCGGAUUAAAAACUUGUCGCUGGGGUAGCUUUGUAGCGAUAAUUGGCCGAUUAGCCGUCGAAAAACGCAGCCAAGCUUAACAGCGUCCAGAACAUUAUCCAACCGCUCUAAGAGACGCUGGUAAUAUUGCCUUUGUGUGAAACAAAACCCUUGCUGCAGGGCAUUCAGUGAUUCGGCUGACUAUGAAGGGUAGUAUAGUAACCCUAAUUCUGCGGUUUUAAAUAGAUUAAAAUGUUCCUGCAAUCAAAAGUUUCCGGAAAUAAAUCAUUGAAAAGAAGAAAAGCGCAACAUGUAUUGAUUCACUUGAAGGACAGAAAAAAUAUGAAGCGAGCUACGACUCUUUUUCUUACAUAAAUUAACAAACGAAUGGUAAUUAAAUAUAAGCACCUGGUCUAGCUUAACAAUACAAUUUAUGGCAUUGAAAAUAUUCCUUUCUGGUUUCUUAAUGGAUAAAAUCUUUUUGUUAAAAAUAAAGAAAAGAAGAAGAAAAGAGGAAUAAUCGUUUACAGUUGACGGAUUCUGAGGUGGCAUUGGGCCCCGGGGGGGCACUUUAGGAAUUUCUGGGUGGGGAUGUGCCGCUGGGACCCUGGAACCCUUGACCUAUACCAGAGUUAGUUCAGCUGAAUUUUGCUACCCUAUACUAGAGUAAACUCCCAAAAUCCCCCUAUCCUAGAGUAGCGGUUUCCGGGCAUUGGGCCCAGUGGCAUGACCUUGUACUCGGUGGUUUUAAUAUAUUAAACAAUAUUGUCGGGGUUAUUGUUAGGCAAAAUAAACGCGACUUUGUUCACUUGUAAAUCACUUAUUACAAACCCAAACACAGAAACUACAAAGUAGGCGCCCCUUAAUUUCACUCUCACAAGACGAAACGAUGCUUUCCACCCCGUAAUGUGAUUUUUACGUAAUAUUACUGCAUCAUUUAGAAAGGCUUAGUUGAUAGCAUGUAGCUUGAGCAAAAUUAGGUGAAAACAUUAAGAAAAGAAAACAAUAAUUGAAGGCGUUGUCUUAGCCUGCAUAAGGCUUCAGUUCUGCUCUUUAGUUUAUUUGUUUGUUUUUAUUGUUAUUUAUUUAAUUUAUUUACUUUUGUCAGGUAACUUAAGCGCAUUUUUAAAAGGAAUAUGGUCAAUACUGAUUUGUUGUGGUACAUUUGAGAGGGAAAACGUGUGGAGAUCUGAGUAAGAUAAGCCUCUCACACGCCCCGCUGAGUAAAUUAAUCGGUUUGGUUUUUAAUCCUAGUGACCUCACGACCUAUACUGAAGUGUACGUGUGCGCGUACAUGUUCAAGAAAAAUCGCGACGGCAGGGGAGAAAGCGUGCUAUCAACUGAAGCUUUUGUAAAUACUUUAAUUAUCUCUCAGUUACCGACGAAAAUAGCCAUCAGUGCAAUCAAUUUCUCUGCAUGAUAAUGACCUUAGACCUUUACAAUUUUACCCUCAGAACUUGAAAUUAUUCAUUUCGGUAAUUAUAAAAUUCAAUGAUACCAAGGACUCUCCAGAUUAUGUAACUGAUGAUAAAGACUCCUUGUCUAAGAGAUACACUUUGCAUUUGGGGUUCAUUGGUUUAUGUGUCUGGAGAUCAGGGUUCGUGUUUUUGUUCAUGUUCUUUUAAGGAGUGUCCGUUUCUCAAAAGUCACUGUUACGUAACUAUUCCAGGCCAUAGCUCAAAAAUCAAAACGUACUCAUGUGAAUUAAGGCUUGGCUCAGUCACGUGAGAAGCGUGUCUAAAAGCGUUUUUUAUCCGUUUCUCCAAGGUGCGUGCUAGGCUUGGAUAAAUUCUGCCGACAGAAUUUCGAGGAGUUGAGGCGAGCAUUCUGCCGGCGGAAUAAGGCAUUUUCGAAAAGAAUUUGAGCAGAAUAAUGGAAAAUCAGCAGCACUAAUGAUAUGCACAACGGUUGUAAGAAAAAUUUAAAACUGAAUAAAAUACAAAUGGGAAAUACCUUGUGACUAAUUUGAUUAUUUAAUAGCUACAAUUUUGCUACGCACAAUGCAUAUCUAAUUAGUUUGUAGGUGUUGGGCCUAGGCUCCCUUCUAUGGGCCGAAAUUUUUUUUCGGAUACCGAGCAGAAUUUUUAGCAGAAUAAGCGAUUUUUACGAGCACUGCCGGCAGGUAGAGUAAGCCAUUUUACGUACAGAAUUUGUCCACGCCCAAUGCGUGCAAACAAUCCGCUUGAACAACGGUAAAAAAAAAACGUCGAAUCAAGAUGGCGGCUUGUCGUUUGAUCAUUGAGGGGUCAAAAGAAAAGGAAGUCGCUGUCAACUCAAAAUGAGCCAGGAAAGGAUCAAAUUUGGAGUAAAUCGUUUCAGAGAUAAAUGCUACAAAAACGUUUUUGUAUAUAACUAGCUUCCGUCUUUACAGGUCUGUGAACAGAUUAACAUUUUUUUUAGCAGUUUUAAGAAACAUGUGUGUUUCGUUACAAAAUAGUCUAAAACUUUGCAGCGACACGACUCCUGCCCAGAAUUAAUCAUGUUUUAACAUGUAGAAACCCAAAUCGUCAAUAAAGUAAAACAGGCCACGUGACUUGACAAUACGAAAUUCAGCCAAAUUAGGAAAUUACAAAAUGCCCGUUAAAUUAAGAGAAACAUAAAAAUAACCGCUUAAAACUUUAAAGGAAGGUUAAAAUAGCAUAACAGAAACAACAGAUGCCACGGAUGGGCAAAACUGAAGAAGAUUAAAACGGAUUGAAAUUAGGGUUUUUGAAAACUGUUCAGCCUACCAGUUUUUCAAAGUUGAUCCCUGCUGCUUGCAACAAAAAUAAUGCUCAGGGGGCACAUUUGUUUGUCUCGGAUCUCUCAUUUUGUCAUUUACAUGUAAUUUCUUUGCUUACUUUAAGUUCCAUAGCGAUUGAGGGCGAGUAAUUGGCAAAAUUAAACAAAAUGAUCUGGACUGCCGUGACACAGCCCCUUUAAGUAUAGAACAAAUACUGCUUUUAAAAACGCGCCAUUAUGUUCAGAUGACCGCGUCAUUGGAGGAUAAUGUUAAGCCAAUGAUAGUCUUGUCUUCAUCACCCCUCUUCUCACUAUCAAACUGAGAGGAAAUUAAAAAAAAAAACAGCAACAGUGGUGAGUGUUCUUAAAGGGAGGCAGACCCCCGCGCGAGAGUCGUCUUUCACUCACGAAAAGACGCGUUAGCAACGAUCCCACAAUUAGAAAUGACAAAAGCUUUUCUGUCAAAGCUAAAUGAAAUGAAAGUGAAAGACAGCUUAAAGCAUAUUAAAAAACGAACUUGUCGGUCUUCUAACAUUUCAAAUUAAUAGAGAACAGCAAUUGCAGAAAUCUGUUUGCAAGUGACUGUCAAUAGCCUCUCCAGAGUUUUGGCCACUUUAAGUCUGUUUUCUGUAAAUAUGCUUUAUUAUAUUGACUAAGCUUGUUCGUUCAAGAUGGCUGGAAAUUUUUAAUUGUGUUUCUAUUAUUAUUAUUAUUAUUAUUAUUAUUAUUAUUAUUAUUAUUAUUAUUAUUAUUAUUAUUAUUAUUAUUGAUGAAUGAGAUUGGCAUUGACAAAAAUCAGCAACUUUAUAUAAUCAAGAAAAUGAUAAUUAUAGCCAUUAGAGCAACAUAUUACAUAUAUGAAUUGGGGUAACCCAGACUUAAUGCAAUUAUGAUUUCUUUUCUUUUCUUUUUUCUUUCUUUCUUGUUUUUUUGAAUAAUCCAAUCUCAAGCAGCAUUUGUAAAUUGCCUAUAAGUAGAGAGAUUUACAAUUGUGCAUCCAAAAACACAAAUAAAGUUUCCAUUGUUAUUAUUAUUAUUGUUAUUAUUAUUAUUAUUAUUAUUAUUGGAUUUGAGGUUAAUUAAAACGCAACAAAGAACAAGGCUAACAGAUCCAGCCAUCUUGACCGAACUUCUUACAUCUGAUAACUCCUGCCCGCCAUGACAUUCUGGCUAAACCGCUUGCAGAAUGACGACGGCUAUCACGUUUUCCUGCCAAAAUGACGCUGGCUCACGCGUGUGCACAAUUGAGAAAAUCUCGUAGCCGUAGUCGUACUCGUUUUCAGAUCUAAAGCUCUCUUUUACUGCGUUAAAUGAACCGUUAAAUUGAACCUAUGCAACCUAAACUUUUUUGUGUUUCUUUAUUCUAGAACUGUCAGGAGGACCCUUAACUGAAAAAUACAAAUUUGGGCAAUUUCAUUUUCACUGGGGCGAAAACGACGAUGAAGGUUCCGAGCACAGAGUGAAUGGAAAGAUGUUCCCAGCCGAGGUGAUUAAGAGAAAGAACUGCUUGAAGUCUUUCUCAAACGUCCAGAAUAUCCUGUAGUUACAUACUGUCCAGUAUCUUAUAUCCAGUUCUUUAAGGCGUGUCACGGUUUUACCCAAGGACUAGUACAAGUAAUAGGGAGCUUAAGCAAAGAAGUUUUUGCGUGACGCACGUCAACCGGAAGUGGGGCCUUUUGCAAAAGCAUUGCCCAUGCAAGAAGUCCAUUUCCGGUUGACCUACGUCGCUCAAAUGAAAUCUAUGAGCUGAAUCAAAAUAAAAAAUGUUUAUCGUCCUAGGCGUAGCUAGCGUUUAUUUUCACCAAACUUCUGCAACAUACUAGUCUAUCUAUUUAAACCUGUUCUAACAACCAUCAAACGAGUAAAGUUGUGUUAGCCUGCGAAUACGCCAGCCUUCGUUUCGUGGGCUAUACUAGAGACCUCACGAAACUACCCAAGCGACGGCAACGGGAACGCCUAAAACACAACUGGCGACAACUCUGCUCUUUCAUCACUCUUUUUUUGUAAAUUUCUUUGCUGUCCCUGCACAACUACUGUGCGACGUGAAAUAGCUACUAAUUUACUUGAGAAUGGGAACGGCAAGGCGGUAAAUUUUACUAUCUCCGUCUGAAUUCGGACGCGGUCCUCUCCCUUCAGCACCAACCAAAUUCCCUUUCUUUAAAGUAACUGGGAGACUUGGAAUAAUUGCGUAACAGUUUGAAAAGACUCGAAGUCUAUUUAUCCUGCGACCUUUAGUCAUUAUCGUCGCCUGGGCUGUCGUGAGAUCGUUACUACACUCCCCCGAACGGACUUUUAACCGCAAGCUUACAGACGUAACAAACCCGUUGUUGUUUGCUGUUUUAUUUGUUUGAUUGUUUUAUUAUCAUAUUGCCAUUUACAUUAAAUAUACACACAACAUUUAGAAAAAUGAGGCAAGGGAGCUCAUGGAAGCCAAUAAGGCUUAUGAAAAGGACCACCUUCAAAUAUAUGUGACUUCAUCACUUAAAUAAAAUACCGACAUAGGCAAGACACUUUAACUAAACACAUACAAUUCCUUUGCAACAUAGAAAAUAAUCAUAAGGCUGAACGUGCGUGUGUAAAAAAGAAAAAGAAAAAGUGAGAAAAAAGAAUGCAAAAAUACGAGAAAAAACGCAGCGAAAGAAGCGAAAAAGUACACGUAAGCAUCAAGAGAAGUAAAAUAUGCUUAUACCUAGAAAAAUGACUUUAGUUUGGAAGUGAACACAGCAAUACAAGAGGCAUUCUGACUGUCAGAGCUAAGGGCAAACGGAAGGAAUUCUUACUUCUGUUGUCUUCUGCCUCCUUGAAAAAUGUCAAGUUUGUCAAGUUUGUUUUUUGUUAGAGUAGACUAUUGUGAGGAGCAUGCGAACUAAAAAGCUUUCUUUAACUUUGUUGUGCAGUUACAUUUGGUUCACUUCAAGGCUAAAUAUGCUGGUAUAGGGGAAGCUGUACAAUCUGGCGAUGCUGAUGGCUUAUGCGUUUUAGGAUUCUUCUUAAAGGUAACAUGGUUCCCAUGACGAUCCAAUGGUAGUCGAUUGUUUUAAACUGCUGAUUAACCAUAGCUUGAGUAUGAGACAGGGGUUUCUGGGGGAAAGGAGCAAAAGAAAAGAAACUUCUGGAAUUGUGACUCGGGCAGGGAAAAAAUUGGCCAAUAGCUGAUCAUGACCGGCGCGUCCCCGGUAACCAUCCCAGAAACAAUUGCGGGAGGCAUUUAGGGUCCAGUUCCCUUCUCGUUUCUAAAUUGGCGAAUUUAUUCCACUGCCCUUCAGGAGGCGGAAUCUUAGAGACACGCAGACGUAGGUAGUUCACAAGUGUCCACAAUAAGUUUACACAGGGUCAUAGGCUAUGUGUGUUGACGUGUUAAUAGGAAUUUAUUAUUAUUAUCAUCAUUAUUAUUAUUAUCAUUGCCAUUGUCAUUAAUUAUCAUCAUUAUUGUUUUUGUUGUCAACAAAACGUCCCUAUUGUGUGUUAUUUGCAGGUUGGAGCAGAAAAUGCAAGCCUAAAGCCAAUAACGGAUUUACUUCCAAAAUUGAAAGAACCUGUAAGAUUGUUUUUCAUCAACGCUGAUAAUUGAUUUUUUUUUCUUUAUAUUCAAUUUUAACUUUCAUUAGCCUAUGCCAUAUCAGCAACUGGAUAAAUGUAGGUUUCCAAAAUCAUUUUGUAUUUUUUCCAAUUUUGUUUCGCGUACAGAAAAGCUCGGAGCCUGUUCCUGCCUCAUUCGACUUGAAAGCAAUCUUACCUUCAGGUAAUAAUGAAAAAAUACAACACCUUAAGUUAAUACAUUUUUAAGAUAAUGUACAACCUCACCGACGGUUAUUUCCUAAAACCCUUUAAAUCCUCUUUGUAACUGUACAAGGUUAGGCUGAGACGGGCGUUUUCUUUCAUGUGCUCGUACUACACCUAAACCUUGGAUCUUGUUUGUCCAAUCCCUUGACCGCUAUUCCUAAUCUGAUCAUUUUUGUUUAAAAAAAUAUUGACAAUGAUGUUAAAAGACUCCUUUGUCUAUGUCGAGACAAAGUCCCCAGAUCCAACAGAUGCAAUGAGAAUCGAACUCCAAAAUAUGCAACCCAGUAUUCAGGCAUUCUAUCGAAUCAAAACAAAAUCCUGACUUUAUAUAAGGGUAACACAAUUGCUGGUAAACCUGGUUUUCAUUGUGGCGCGCGCCCACAGGGUUAAGAAUUUCAACUGGCCAGAGGUAAACCAGUUGGCUAUUUAAAUAUAAGCACAACAGUGGAGUUGAACUGGAAGCUACCAAGGACAAUUAAAUCAGCCAUCGGUUAGGGAGGGGAUUGAACCCGAGGUCUACGGAUUACAAUUUCAGCACUCUAACCACUCUGUCACUCUGCCUCCCUUUAAACCGCAAUAUUUUAGACUAAGUACUAUGUCCACUUUAAAAAUGCACAUUUAUGCACAUGUCAAAAGAACCUAACACCUGUUUACCUUCAUGGACGUUUUCAAUAUCGUGCAAAACCUCACCAAAGAGACACCCGGCAGAAUAACGACCUUACGUUGCCUUAAGGUACAGGCUGGCGACUGGCCAAAAGACUUUUGCCUACCGUGGGGCAAAAAUGUAUAAUACCUUUAAGAUAUAAGAGACACGGAAAGUCUUACCGUUUUUAAAAAGAGAAUUUUUAAAAAUCUUAGGUAGUGUUUUAUUAUUGAAAUGUAAGUAGUCUUCAAAAUUAAUGUUUUAUUUUUUAUCAAAAUUACUAUUAUUGUUAUUAUUAUAUUUAUUAUUAUUAUUAUUAUUAUUAUUAUUAUUAUUUAAUUCGUUAUUUUAUCAUAGAAAUGUAAAUAGUUUUCUAGUUUACUUAUUUUAUUAUGGUUCUUGGUGCCCUCAUGUUUACUUUCAUCCCUUUUCAGCUUUGACGGACUAUUACACUUAUGAGGGCUCACUGACUACUCCUCCUCUGGCUCAGUGCGUCAAAUGGGUUGUAUUUAAGAAUCCUUUGGAAGUUUCUUCUGCCCAGGUAUAUUUACUUUAACAUUUGCUUGAAAUCAUCAAAUGUCUAUUGUAUGCGUAAGACAGGUACCCUUACAUAGCUAACGGCCCGAGGAAAGGGCUUAAGGCAGCAUCUUGAUAGAGUAUCUGAUCGACGCCCAUUGACGCCAUCGCCUUCACAAUGAACGCAGCAGCCAACUAUUUAGGUAACCUCGGAGGAAAAGACCUGCUAUAGUAUCAUUAAAUGUAAACAGGUAUUUCAUAAAAUGUUUUAUUUUGUUUUUCUUUUAGAUGGAAGCUUUUAGGACAGUUGAUGACCGUUUUGGCAAUAAAAUGGUUGGAAACUAUCGUCCACCAUGUCCCCUUCAUUCUCGUACAGUUUCAGCUACCUUCAAGUGAAAGAAUGACAAAACUGCUUACAUUGUGAGAA